UCUCUAAGCUGCAGGCUCUUACAGUUGGACACACCUGGCUGGUGCCUCAGCUAGAUCAAACCAUGGCUGAAUCUGAGGAAACCGUUACUGAUAUGUGGAGUUGGUUUGAUGAGUUUUCAAAUUCCUCUGGCAUGCCAUCUGUAGAAAAAGACUACAGCCCCUGUAGGCUAGAGACUGAGACACUCAACAAGCAUGCUAUAGUUGUCGUCUAUGCCCUGGUGUUCCUGCUCAGCCUGCUGGGAAACUCCCUGGUGAUGCUGGUCAUCUUGUAUGGCCGUGUCAGCCGCUCGGUCACCGAUGUCUACCUGCUGAACCUGGCCAUAGCUGACCUGCUCUUCGCCCUGACCUUGCCCAUCUGGGCCGCCUCCAAGGCGAUUGGCUGGAUUUUUGGCACAGCCCUGUGCAAGCUGGUGUCGCUCCUGAAGGAAGUCAACUUCUACAGUGGCAUUCUCCUGCUGGCCUGCAUCAGCGUGGACCGCUACCUGGCCAUUGUCCACGCCACACGCGCUCUUACCCAGAAGCGCCACCUGGUCAAGUUUGUAUGUCUGGGUAUCUGGGGACUGUCUCUAAGUCUGUCCCUGCCCUUCUUCCUCUUCCGCCAGGCCUAUAAACCAAACAAUUCUGACCCAGUCUGCUAUGAGGUCCUAGGAAAUCACACAGCAAAGUGGCGGAUGGUGCUGCGGAUCCUGCCCCACACCUUCGGCUUUGUCCUGCCGCUGCUGGUCAUGCUGUUCUGCUACGGAUUCACCCUGUGCACGCUGGUUAAGGCCCACAUGGGGCAGAAGCACCGGGCCAUGCGGGUCAUCUUUACUGUUGUCCUCAUCUUCCUGCUCUGCUGGCUGCCCUACCACCUGGUCCUGCUCGCAGACACCCUCAUGAGGACACAGGUGAUCUCGGAGACCUGUGAGCGCCGCAACGACAUUGACCGGGCCCUGGAUGCCACUGAGAUUCUGGGCUUCCUCCACAGCUGCCUCAAUCCUUUCAUCUACGCCUUCAUUGGCCAAAAUUUUCGCUAUGGAUUCCUCAAGAUCUUGGCCACCCGUGGCCUGGUCAGCAAGGAGUUUUUGGCACGCCAUCGCAUUACCUCUUACACUUCUUCCUCUAUCAAUGUCUCUUCUAACCUCUAAAAACCAUCCAUGAAAAAAUAUCUGUCCUCGUACCCAAGGCUGUGCGGAGAGAGGGGUCUGGCUCUGGACAGAUACUAUCUGGGUUUGGGAGGGAGGCUAUAGCAUGCUGGGAAGUUAGGGACUGGUGUCUUCAAGGGCCAAGCCAACCUUCUGAGGAACUGCUGAGGUACCACCCAGGACUGGCCUUCACACCUCCAUGAACAGGAAGUGUCAUCAGUCCUGUUGAACUCUUGUAUCUUUGGUCCACUAACUGCAUAAUUAGCACAGUCAUAUCCACAGCCUGAAUCCGACGUUAGAUCAAAGAGCUGGGGCUGAAGCUGUUUGCUCACAUGGGCUGGACUCUCUUGUCAACCCUCUCAGGGCUGUCCCCUCAACCACCGAGCAUACUCCAACCAGGCUCCUUCAUACCUCUGUGUCCUCUGAUCUGAGCUCGUGCAACUGUUUUCUUAUCUUGCGUAUGUUGUAGUGUCUGCUGGGGACAUCGAGGCAGGUGCUACCAAAAAUCAUCAAACCACCAGGUGGCCUUGUGAUAGAGCUGGAAACACAUUUACCCUGGGUGUGGUGGGUGGACAGAGAGGAAGAGGGGUGGGAAGGCAGCCCCUACUGCUUGAGGACCCUCUUCACUCUCAUGCAGACAGCAUGUGCUGUGCAUACACCAAGCCACGCAUGGAACAGGAUUAGUUCUGCCAUUGUGGAGCCUCCAGGCUGACACCAGCAACCCCAGAAAACCAUACACCGUCAUCAGUCAGCUGUGCAGCCAGAUGUUUCUAAUAAAGUUUCUAUUCCAGGUUGUCCCUAGGGCAGUAUUUUGGGUGUGACACAGAGUCAAAUGUGUGUGCAGUGUUGUUGGCCGUUCCUGUGGUAGAAUGGGAGCAGCACCCCACAAAGGCAUCUCUCUGGGUUGAAGGGCGACAUUCCCUGGGGCUUUAACUCCUGCUAGAACAGUCUCUUGAGGGACAGAAACUCCCAGUCAUGCUCAUACCCCAGGCUGAGGAGCAUCCCUUUGUCCAUACGUAAAAAGAGCUAUUCCUCCAGAGUCUCAGCCUCACCUUAACUUGACCAUCAUCUUCUGGGUUAGACCUUGCCUGGCUCCCUCAAAUUAUAUCAGCUCACCUCUCCCCUCCCCAGAUGCUUACCCUGAAUUUCGGUGAUUGUCUAUUUUCCCCCUUGAGGCAAGAAUCCUGUCUAUUUUGUUCACUCUAUAUCCCCAUGUCUGUCACACUGCCUGGAGCCUAUCAAAUGCUUGGGAAACAUUGAAUGAAUGAAUGGAUGCUGGAAGGACCCCAGUUCAUUUGUACACCAUCUGCUCAGAGCUCCUCUUGUCUGGAGCUCCCCCUUGCUGUCCUCCCCAUCUCCCCCUUGCUGUCCUCGGCUGCACAUUGACUUUGCCUUCAUUCUUUAUCCCGUUAGAUUUUUAUCUCUGUAGAAAUGUCCCAAGUGAGUCCUGGAGAUGUCAGGGCUCUUUUGAUUACAAAUAAUAGAAACUGAACUCAAACCAGCUUAAGCAAAACUUAGAAUAUGUGGGUUUAGGUGGGAUGGGGAAAGAACAAGGAUGGCUUGAGGUUGGGAAUGGGAUGAAGCUCAGAGAUGGGAUUUAUUUAAAAAAUUUUUAUGGGUACAUAAUAGUUGUACAUAGUUAUGGGGUACAUUUUAUAGUUUGAUACCAAUAUGUAAU